GGAGACUUGGACGGGAGAGUACGGGGAGUCAAGCUAGUCAAGAGAAAAAGAAGCACUGAACACAUCCCGAAAAUCCUCCUGAUCCUCUUACUUGGCCUUCCACCAUGUCAUCGGAAACUACACCUGAGAUAAAAGGACUCAUUCCCCGCGGCUUCACCGAAUCCACCUCAUUCGCCCGUGCCCUCUUCGUCCUAUUCCGAACUCCAGACCUACCUCUGCAAUAUGCCAUCCUUUCAGGUGGAACACCCAUCCCACCCAGUGCCGGACCCCCACUCUUACUCCUUUCAAGCACUACCAACACCGGCUUGUUGGAGUCGUUGUCGCAAAUUCACCGGGCAAUACUUUUCGCCAUGGCCUCUGGCUCGUUCGCGAAACACACUUACUGGGUAACCCUCAUCCCAAAAGAACCAAUGUCAGCUGGUUCCUCCCUCUUUGUUGGGGUGCUCAACGCCAUUGCAAACUCGAUGAACACAAUUUUGUUCGUUAAGACCGCAACUUCGAUGUUGACUACUAGCUAUCAAACUAGCGUUAACGGGAACGGGACGGUAUUAUUCACACCCACCAUCGUCAGUAUCAUUCUAUACAUCAUUGGUAUGGUAUCAGAAUGGGGCUUCGAGAUCCAGAGGUUAAAGUUCGAAAAGGAUUUAGAUUUAUGGAAUAAAGGUCGUGCAUACACCCACGGCUUCUUUGGAUUCGCUUGGCAUAUCAACUAGUACGGCGGAUACGUUCUCUGGAGGAUGGUAUUUUUUAUGGCUUCUGCCGGGUGGAUUUGGGGGUUGGUAUCUGGAAGUUGACCGACGUAUUAUUUUGUGGGCAAGGGGAUACCGGAGUUGGAUGAUCAUUGUGCGAAAAGGGUGAGUUCUUCGGUUUUUUCAGGAGAACAGAACAUUGGGGGCAGUAUAAGAGAGAUGUGCCGUAUCCGUUUAUUAUAUGAUUUAUCGGCGUCGAUCAUAACGUCAAAGGCAGUAAGCACUUAUGUACUGAGUAGUAAAAUUUAAUCUGCAGAAUGAAGAAACUUGCGUUGGUUUGCAACAUCCCAUACAAAUUUACGAUACUGUACAACAUUAUUUGUCUUAUUUAGAGAAUGAAAGGAAACAGCUUAUACGGAACAUCUCUUUUAUACUGGCUCCAUUCCUCGGUAUACUGUAAAGGGCGG